GGGCUAAAGACAGCGAGCUGGUGCUAUCAUCAUGGCGGGAUGCAUGAAAGAACGAAGAAGAAGCUUCACGUUAAGGAAUAAUUAUUCUUUAGUUUUAACGACGCUGUUGUUGUCUUUAGCUCUAACCUUAUUACAGGCUGCAGAUAACAAGCCUCCAAUAAUCAAUCUCAAGGAUGGAGAGGAGUCCAGUCAAUCGGGCUCCAACCUCUUUUGCUACACAAACUCCAUUGCACCAAACUGGAGGCAAACCUGGACGAGAAUUCAGGUCCGAAUCUGGAGUUCAAAGGUGUUCAAGGUGGAGACGGUGAAAGGUGAGGAGGAGUUGCAGCAGCUGGAACGCUUCAGCGUGUGGAGCUGGUUGCAGAGUGUGCUGCGCGAAGGUCACAACGAGACCACCAUCAACAUCAACUUGUUCAGCAAGAAGACGUGUUUCAAGAUCGAGCUUGGGGAUAAUACAAAAUACACCGUCAAGUCACUGCGCAAAUUUGACAUCUAUCUGUUUUUGGUCUUCCUCGUCGGCAUAACACUAUUUCUCUUCGCCAACUCCCUCAGCAGGAGUCAAGUUUUUUUCUAUUCAGCCGGCAUGACAACGGGAAUGAUCGCCUCCCUCAUCAUUCUCUUUUUCAUCCUCGCUCGUCUUUUGCCAAGGAAAAGCCCUUUUUAUUUACUGAUUGUCGGCGGUUGGUCCUUCUCUGUGUACGCCAUCCAGCUUGUCUGCAGGAACCUCCACACCAUUCUUCGAGAACAUUGGCCUGUGGCUUUAGGUUAUAUGGGCGUAGUUGGCUUCAUCAGUUUUGCUGUGUGUUACCGCUAUGGCCCUCUAGUGGACGACAAGAGCAUCAACAUCCUGUCAUGGACGCUGCAGUUGUUCGGCCUGCUCCUUAUUUAUCUGGGGAUUCAAAUUCAGCAAGUUUCCUUCGCCAUCAUUGUGGCAGCCGUGUUUGCCAAGAACUUGGAGUACCCCCUCGUGAUGACCGUCACUGCAAUACGGAAAAUCCGCCAGUAUGUCCGCUGGAAGCCGGAGAAGCGGCGCCUAUUGACAGAGGAGGAGUAUCGCAAGCAAGGAGAGGAGGAGACGCUGCGUGCGCUGGACGAGCUGCGCAAGUACUGCAACAGCAGGGAGUGCAGCCCAUGGAAAGCUGUCAGCAGGCUUCAGUCCCCCAAGAGGUUUGCCGAUUUCAUCGAGGGCUCCUCCCACCUGAUGGCUAACGAGGUGUCGGUGCACGCGCAGGAGUACGGCUGGAAAGACUUUUUUGACACGGAUGAUGAGGAACCUUUAAUUGACGUGUGUCAAAUCUAAAGCAGGCAUGAGCAGACGCCGUUCAAUAACUAUGAUGGGUCCUACGCUAACUAGCGUUGACGCUCGUCCGCAGAGUGUCAGCCAUACAAGGUCACAUUAGUGUGCGGCAAAGUUGCCGGGCAAAGGGUCAUCGUUUGCCAGAUGUGAAUGUAGAAAAGGCAAUACACAGCUUGGUGAGGUUACUUUUGCUUCCGGCUGUCACAAAACUUAAACCCUGGGAGAGCUGAUGUCUGACUUGGGGUAAGACACGCACUGACAUGUUGGAAAACAUUCUAUUUUUUUAAUCGGACCUACAGUACUGUGCAAGAAUCUCAGGCCGCUGUUACAUUUGUUUUUGCAAUUCCACAUUGAGGCUGCAGUUACAUUUGUUUUUGCAAUGCAACAUUGAGUAUGAUAAGUAAAAUGCCAAUAAAGAGUGCAGCCCUUCAUCAAGGGCAUGUGAAAACAAUUUAGAGGGAUUUGGGUUUGUUGGUUAGCUCGCAGAGUCCUUAUUAAUGGAGGACGCUAAUAAGAUGGGAGCGGCCAAUAUUAGACAGGAAGACAAGUGGUAUUAAAAAACACAUAUAGCCUAAUAAUGCACCCUUAACCCAAUCCUGACAAAAGAAUGUACAGUAAUGAAGUGGUUGAUUUUCACAGCACUCUUCUACAAAUUUUCAUGUAGGGAUUUGUGUGAACCUGCUGAGUCCCGUUUGUUCAUGUUUUACAAGUCAUAUUGACGACUGGGAAAAAGCUCAUAAAAUAACAAAGCGAAUGACCUUUGCACUGUACUGUAUGUGAAAUACUUUUUUAUGUUUGUACAAAAUAGUUGGGUCUCUUGAGAUACCUGCCCAAUUGUCAAUUGUGAAAUAAAUAACAAGGUCAAUCUUUUCAAAGUGUGA